CAGAGAAUGCUGGGGAGGCUGGGAACCCUAUGGGCUCUCACGGUGGAUCUGACCUGUGCUUCUCCCACAGGACUCUGAUGGAGGAGCUCAUCUCCCUGAGGAUGCAGAAGCUGGAUCAGCAGUGGCAGCUAUUUGAGAAGAAGCAACGACGGAAACGCCGCGAACCACUCAUGGUUCAGUCCAAUCCGGAUGUUUCCUUGCGGUACCGGCGAAUGCAGUCGGAGCACUUUGCUAGCCACAAAGGCCCUGCUCUCCGAGAAUGCAUGUCGGAGGAAUAUCCGGACUCUGGCUUCCACAGUGCCCUAUGCGCCCCUGUGAACUGCGGUGGAGAUGGCACCAGCGAGCUCGGGGCCCUGGGGCGGCCUGCACAAGCUGAUAACCUGGAGACCCGGGACCCCAGUUCUCCACAGUUUGGCCUCAUGAGGAUGCCAAGAGCCCAAAGUCCUUACCACCAGAGUGAGCCCCAGGAUGUGGAAGCUGAAUACCACCAGUCCAGAUGGGGAUCAGCCUAUGGAAUGGAUGGUGACAGGAAAAGUCAUGGAGACCUGAUAUUCUGCAAGGACACAGACUCAGAAGAGGAGGAAGAGGAAUCGCACUAUUUGGAAAUUAACUCCCAAGCAGCAGAGGGCCAGGAGACAGUGCCAAGGGACCUGGAAGGUGGGGACAGCCAUGAUGUAGGGACCAUGAACAGUUUGCCACCUCUGGACCUGGGCCCUCAGCCAGGAGAGAACCUGAGGGAAUACAUGCUGCGGCCGACGCUGAAGGGCCACGUAGUGCAGUGCUGCAUCCACCGGAACCAGCAGGGCCUGGAGAAGGGCUUGUUCCCUGUGUACUACCUCUACCUGGAGGCGGCCGAAGGCUGGAAGCGCUUCCUCCUGGCUGGGCGCAAGAGAAAAUGGAGCAAAACCGCUAAUUAUCUCAUUUCCUUGGACCCGAUGGAUCUGUCUCGGGAUGGGGACAAUUUUGUAGGCAAAGUCAGGUCCAAUAUCUUGGGCACCAAGUUUGUCAUUUUUGACAAUGGGGUGAAUCCUGAAGACUCAAACUCACUCCUGGAUAGGAGCCACAUUAGACAGGAGCUGGGGACUGUGUGUUACGAGACCAAUAUCUGGGGAACUCGGGGGCCUCGAAAAAUGACUGUGAUCAUCCCAGAAAUUAACGACGAACACCAGAGAAUCAGAGUCCAGCCAGAAACCGAAGAGGAAUCAAUACUGAGUCGCUUCGAAAGAGGCAUCAGGCAGGGGCUGCUCCUACUGCAAAACAAAACACCGGUGUGGAGUGACGAGAACGACGCCUUCGUGCUCAAUUUUCACGGGCGAGUGACUCAGGCCUCCGUCAAGAACUUCCAGAUCAUCUACCCCAAUAAGCCAGACAAAGUGGUGCUGCAGUUCGGCCGGAUGGGUCCAGAUACAUUCACCAUGGACUUCUGCUUUCCUCUUUCCCCGCUCCAAGCAUUCGCCAUCUGCUUGUCCAGUUUUGAUGGGAAGCUGGCCUGUGCAUAAUUCAAUAAAAUUGUUUCUCUGGUU